CGGUGGCGUCCUGGGAGGAGAAAAAGCAAACUUAGCCCUGGUCAGCAAAGUUACUCAAAGUUUUGUCUUUGGCGCGACUCAGUAUCCUGAGCACCGUGCACAAAACAGUUUGUUUGCAUCACUGAUUUCUUUUAAAGGGAUAUGGACCCAGUUCUUGGUCGACCGCAGCGUCACGACAGGCGAACAUGAGAACAUCAAAAAUACUUAAGGCACAUCUCUGCGCGUUUUGAGAGCCAGACAGGGGGGGAAACUCUUUGGCUGUCACAUUUCAGUUUUGAUGCAUUUUGUUGCCAAUUAUGACUCGACUGAAAGCAACACGUCACAUUAGGCACAUCCUGCAAAUAAAGUGGUUACAUUACAAGAUAAAACAGUAAAUGCGUUGCUGCUAUGGUUUAAAAUAAAGAUGCAUGUUUUUAGAUUUAAUUUAAAUACAACAAAAUACAGUUACUCCAGCUUUAGCUCUAAAUAUGAGCAUACAGACAUGCAGCUGCUCUGUUUUACGCAUUUAACCUUGGCCAGGACAAUCUGACUUUAACUUACUCUGAGUCCAGCUAACCUUACAGGUGCUAUAAUGACAUUUAAUGCAGAUAUCGUGUAGUGUUCAUGCUAAUAAUGGUGCUUUCAGUGUUGUCUAAAAAGGUGUAUUUUCAGAUGAUAUUUUAACACAUGUUGCACAAAGAUUUGCACGUCACGGAUCCCCAAAUGCAUCCACAGUGGUCUAUUUUACCUUUUACGCAAGGAUUUUUGUCUAAUUUGCGUUUAAAUGAGAAGAUUUUUGGUUGUUAUUGUUUUUUAAAUCAAACUGUAUUGCACUAAGGGUGUCUUUAAGUGUCCUGAAUGCAACUUAUGUGCACCGAAAAUGUGUUAUAGUGCAUUAAAAUGUCGUAAAAAUGUACCAUUUCUUGUUUUACUGGGAAUCCCUCCCUGCCCUGCAAGCGAGGAACCCCGGGGGUCCCCACAACCUACUUUGACAGCCGAUGCUUCAAUCUCCCAUUGUUUUUAAUAAACACAGACAAGCUGGUGUGCAUCGUGUUUCCCCUUCUGCAAACUAAAACUCCAAAAAAUUAAGUUACAGUUUCAUAAACACAGAUUAAUUAUUGGGGGGUAUCUGUGAGCAUGCACUGGAUUUAAAUUAGGCUUCUCCCUCCGUCAGUCCAGGACUCUUUCCCUUUACUAAGGCGAGGAUGGGCGUUUGUGGACUGCUCUGGAGUCUGCGUCACGUGGCCUGGUUUCUGCCAUCCUAUUGGUGCAAGGCACGUGUCUGGGAGGACGGUGGGAAAACGUCACUCGGGGGGCUCGUAUUGAAAAUAAGAACAAAACUCCAGAGUGAGAGUAUUAGAGCAUCAGUUUAGGAGCCUCUUUAUUUACCCUUAGUUUAGUUUAGGUGUAGGCAUUACUGAGCACACUGAAAUCGGAUAACACUAAAUUGGACGGUGCGCAAAUGGCACAUGUUUUAGCUGUGCGCUCUCAGUUGUAACCCGAGGUUGAGGGAAUAUAUGUCAAAAAAGUAUGCUUUUCUCAGAGGACACUACCGCAAGGCUUUGCAUGGUGUCCAAGGCACUCACUAGUAUUUGAGUUUUAUUUUUUUAUUUAUUUCACGCGUGCAGCUUUUUUUCCCUGCAAUUUUAAUUUACCCUGAAGUUCUUUGCGAAUUUUAUUGCAGCGGAGAGAGCGAUAAAGGGGUUAAAGAGAGUAAAGCGGGGAAAGUGAAUCAGUAUGGAAGAAAAUGAUCACGGCAACAGAGACGUGGUGGAGCGGCAGGAGUCGGCGGAUGAAUCCAACAGAGCCAUCCUUCCCCUCUUACAGGCGCCGGGGAACCUGCAGAUCCCUCACCGGGUCACCAAUUUCUUCAUCGACAACAUCCUGCGGCCGGAUUUCGGACGGAAAAAGGACGGGGGCGCAAACCGCGAAGAGAACAGCGUGGCAUCGCGGGAGAGCCACAGCAGCCCCGACGCCCCUCAGACCGAGCCGGUGGGGAACACGGUGCCGGCGGAGGGGACCUCCACUCCACACACGGUUACCGGGACCAAGAAGCCCGCUAUAGCCGCCGAGGAGCCGCUGAAACCCCGCGGGGAGAGCGGAGACCAGUGCCUAAGCUCAGACUCAGACAGUUCCCAAGCCAGCUCAAACCCAUCCCACCCUCAGCCCAUGCUGUGGCCAGCCUGGGUGUACUGCACCAGAUACUCGGACAGGCCUUCUUCAGGGCCAAGAUCUCGCAAACCAAAGAAGAAAACGACCAGCAAAGAGGACAAGCGACCACGGACGGCCUUCACAGCAGAGCAGCUGCAAAGACUAAAAUCGGAGUUUCAGACAAAUCGCUAUCUGACCGAGCAGAGGCGGCAGAACCUGGCGCAGGAGCUGGGCCUGAACGAGUCCCAGAUCAAGAUCUGGUUUCAGAACAAGAGGGCCAAAAUCAAGAAGGCCACUGGCGCAAAAAACAGCUUGGCCUUGCACCUGAUGGCACAAGGACUGUACAAUCACGCCACCAUCUCGUCGAAAGACGAAAAAUCAGACAGCGAUUGAUUUCCAGAGAAGUCACAGCAGCCUCCUGACGAAAAAGAACCUAUAGUAGUCUGAUAGAUUUUUAUAGAGAUAUCACCGCAAAACUCUACCUACAGUACAGGAAUAUUUAAAGUUGCCACAGCAGAUAAAAAUACCACAAAGCUCUAUUACUAUCACUAUAAAGCUGACCCACACAGAUACAUACAGGAAAUUAAAAAAAAAAAAUAAAAAAAGAAAUCUCACUGGACUGCAAAGAGUCCAUACAGGAAUAUUUAUAAGUCUCUAUAGCUUCCUAUAGGAAUAUUAUAGUGACUUUUCGUUCUAUGGGAGGUUUUGUCAAGCCUACAAUGCAAUAAUUUCAUCGAAUAAAGGGCCAGUGUAUAGAGUAUACCAGCAUAAAUUGAUUAAAAAAAGAGAGAGAUAUUUCUGCAAUAUCACGUCUAUAAAAAGAUGUUGUAUAAAGGUAUGUUUUCAUUGUUUGUCGCCCCCCCCCGCACCCCCCCACCAGGAGGUACAAACGCUUACACCCACCAUUUUUCUAUAGGCUACCCAUGAUUGUCAUCAUUUUACACUGAACUAUAACUGGCACUUGACGUUUCCAUCUGUCAGUGAAAGUGAACCAACUGAAGUCCAAAGAAUAUUUUUCUGCUGCAUCCAGGCUACUGUGAAUUUAAAUAAAUGCUAACACGAGUUUUAUUUCCAUGCUUGUCGGUUUCCUUGGUUGUUUUAAUGUAAACAUAAAAAAAAGAAGCGGACAGAGGAAAUGUUUUUCUUGAGUGUCAGUUGCAGAGCUAAUUGGGCAGACAAUGAAUUUUGAUACGUUUUUUAAAAAAGAAAAACCACAGGAACAGUUUAUUAGAAGUGACUUUUUUUGUCUAACACGCCACUGAACUAAAAAGCUAAGUUAGGGCCUCGCUUAUAUGCAUGUGGUCGUCUCAUAGCCUUUAAAAUAUGUGCGUAUUCCCUUCGUUAUACCAAUGCAUCAGUGCAGCUAUUAUAGUUUUUAACUAGCAAUAUGAAUCUGUUUUUUUGUAGCUAACUGAAUUGAAGGCUAUAAUGCUGCCUAUAAAGUCACAGAACAACUCUGUAGCAUAAAGACAAUGAUGGCAACCAUUAUGCGCACUCUGGAUUAUAUAGACUAUAAAAGCAGGUUAUUGGAUGUUCUUGUUAAAUCUUUCUCUAUAUACAGUUUUAUUACAUAUCCAUUUAUCAUAAAAAGAAGGCAAAUCCGUCAGUGACUGUAUUACAAAUGUUGGAAAUCUCUUAUCGUUGUUGAAAGGACUUCAUAUGUGUAUUUAUAUAGAUUAUAUUGAGAAAAAAAAUCUAUCCAAUGACCAGUGUUGCUUUAGAGUAGAUAUCUGAGGUGUUUACACUGCUUGUUUAUCUUGCAAUAACUUCUUUUUGUUUUCUUUUGGUUUUUUUUGUGAAUGAAAAAUAGUUUAUGGGGCCUUUGCAUGAAAGCUGCAAUUUGUUGUACUUGGGCAAAUAACUGUGUUUAUAAACUUUGGUCUUUAUUGACAGGAGUAUGAUCGAGCUAAGUUUUAGACUGUAUCCAUACCAAAUUGUGGACUUUUUGCCUUUCAAAGUGUUUUUGUUGUGUAUCUGCAAAAAGUGUGUGUGAAUUAAAAUCCACCAAACAGAAACACACUUUGCCUUAAAAGUUCAAGUGUGAACUUUUUAUGAAACAGAACUGUGCCGAAUCAGAGAAGCAGUAUUACUUCAAAUGCAGACUAUUCAAGUUUAAUGCCUUUAUGAAAAACUGCUGGUACGACAUUAUGAAUUUACUCAUCAGCGUAUAUCUAUCUAUAUAUGAACAUGUUUAAAUAAAAUUACAACACAGAGUUGUAGAAUACAAUGCUAUUUUUUAUUUUAUGUUGGGAGUAUUCUUUGGUAUAAAUGUACAUAAUUUGUAUCAUGUAUUAAUUGUGUAAUUAACUGCCUCCUGAAAAACUGCAAAAGAAGAGUAAAUAAACCUUGAAGAUUAUACACAAGCAAGUCUCUGGCAUCUUUACGUGAUAUGUAUUGUCAUUAAAACACAGAAGAAAAAUAACUGAGGCCUGGCUGAAGCAGCGACUCAAUGCUGAGCUUCUGCAGGCAUUAUUAUCUACAAAAAACAAAUGCAUUACUCGCCAGAAAAGAGAAAUACACACAAAAAUAGUUGUAAAGAAAUGUUGCCAGAUGUCAAAUAUCCACAAAUGCAAUCACAAACAUUAUUAAUUUGCAUAGCAUGACAAUCCUCUCCAUGCAAACACCCCCUCAUUCUAUGGGCGGCUCUGCAUCACAUUCAUUGAGGAUCAAAUUCAUGGGUUCUGAGAUUAAAACAUUUGCGAAAGCAUCCAAACAUUAUGCAAGGGAAAGCCUUGAACAAUUCCCAGGCAUGUUUCCUCAACAAUGCCUUAUCUGCAUUUCCAUACUUGCACCGCUAGUCUUUGAACGCCAUGUCUAACGGCCAGUGACUAGCAUUAGAGCGGAUAGGGCUGCUCCCAGCACUGUCUUCACGACGGUCAGUCUUCCUCGCCGCUUCUGAAAGGAGCCUGUGCUUCUAUCACAAGGCAGAAAUGGGAGUCGAAAGGAGAGAGUGAGAGAGAGGGGAGGGAGGGAGGGGGGGAGAGACACUAGAGAGAGGGAGAGAGAGCAAUGAAGGUCAAAGCCUGUCAUGGCUGCAGGUGGCUGGUUUCCCCCCUCCCGCCCCUCAGUAACCCAUUCUCCACACACAGCUUUCUCACUCGCUAACUCAUACUCUCUCCCUCCCUCACACACACACACACACACACACACACACACAUACACUUACACACAUCUUACUAUCACUUGGUUUUAUUUUAUUCUUGCCUGGCACGCACACAUCCCCACACACUUCAUUCAUUUCUGUUCCUCCUCACAUGCACACAUACCCCUGUUGUUUUGGUCCUUCAUUCAGCGCAUCAAUAGGAACCUUCAUCAAAAUAUUCACCGGCAGAGGAGCUCCCCGAAGUUCAGAUAGGGACACCAAUGCAUGAACAAUAGCUGGAGCUGUACGGCUGCAUGGGCACAUUCUGCUGGAACAAAAGCUUUUUAUCGGAGAAUAAUUUGUCUCAUCGCCAAAAGUGAGAUUCAGGUGGUCGAGUGACCAGACGUGGUCCAUGUUUGGGCCUCUAAUCACUCCAUGCAACAGGAAAGUCUUGCAUUGCAGUAAAAACAUAUGACAGUGGAAAUCAU